AUGUUAAGUGUGGGUGGGUUAAGAGGGAGAUUCGCGCGAGCUGCGGGACCGCCGGGACGGCGGGCGGGUGAUUGCGACUCGCCGCCGCUUUUGGCGACUUUUGGCGACUUUUGGGACGCGCGAUCGACCGGCGAGAACGAUAUGGCGGGCGAGGCCGUCACGGCCAUGAUCGUGGCUGCUGACGCCGGUGACAACCCGCUGGCGGACCGCCGCGAGGACCGGGAGGCGGCGGCGGCGCGGGAGAGGAAGGCGAAGGUGGCGAAGCUCAACUCGCAGACGGCGAACGCGAUGGAGGUGGUGCGGGCGCAGCAGGCCGCGAAGGAGCGGGGAGCCUUCGAUCCCUACUUGUAA